AUGGAGUCGACCACAAACUCCCUCAAUCAAAUCAAUACAACUGCUGUACCUGAUGGAAAUGGCCAUACAUUUAAGUAUCCCGGGUUGAAGCUGUCUCUCAACACCAUGUCUAUCAUUGUUUAUUCCCUGAUCUUUCUCCUUGGUGUGGUCGGGAAUGGAGUGGUUAUCUGGGUCACCGGGUUCAAAAUGAAGAAAACUGUUAACACAGUUUGGUACCUCCACCUUGCUGUGGCUGACUUUAUCUUUGCAGCAUAUCUGCCUUUGAAUGUGACAUACAAGAUUUUGGGGAUGCACUGGCCGUUUGGUAAGAUCAUGUGCAGGCUGAACACCAUGGUGCUCUUUCUGCACAUGUUUGCCAGUGUCUACAUUCUGGUGGUGAUCAGUGUGGAUAGAUGCGUCUCUGUAGUCUGGCCCGUGUGGGCUCAGAAUCAUCGAAAUAUGCGUAAAGCGUCCUGUGUGAGUCUGUGUGUUUGGAUACUGGCUUUUAUUCUCAGCGCUCCAUGCUUUUUCUUCAGGAACACUGAGAAAGUGUUUGAGAAAGGCAAAAUCCUCUGCUUCAACAGCUAUGCUAUUUCUGAUAACUAUGAAUUACCAUCUGUUAUUCAGAUGCAAAAGUUUCGUCAUCAGGCCAUGAUCAUCACCCGUUUCUUCCUGCUUUUUGUUGUUCCCUUCACUGUCAUUGUGUCCUGUUACGCUGUCAUCAUCAAGCAUCUCAAACGAAACCGUGUCCUGGCCAGCAAGUCAAGUCGCCCCCUCAAGAUCAUUGCUGCCAUUAUCAUCACUUUUUUUCUGUGCUGGGCUCCCUUUCACAUCAUGAGUCUCAUUGAGCUGGUGAAAUUCAGAGCUGCUGCUCCAAAUGAAACGUUAGUCUAUGUCAUUGCUGUUGGGAAUCCUCUUACUAGAAGUUUGGCAUUUUUUACCAGCUGCCUGAAUCCACUGCUGUAUGUGUUCAUGGGACAAGAUUUCAAGAAAGAAAUCCGCAAAUCCAUCCUGAAUUGGCUCGAGACUGCCUUCCAGGAUGUGGAGGCACACUUUCACACUUACUCAAAGACAGAGGACACCAGUCAGAGCAAAGAUAAUCAGAUUUGA